GCCAGACUCGUCGCCUCCACUGCCACUCGGGCUCUGCGUGCUAUGCCGAUUUCUGCUGUCUAUAUUUUGAACGUGAUGCGCGGCUGUAUCUAUAACUUGUCCCCCAGUCCUCUUUCGCAUCAAUAGUUCACCUAUUUGUUGAUCCCCCUCCUUCGUCCUGUGGAACGUCUUCCUCGAUAAAAAUCGCCCACCAUUGCGUCGUUCGAAGCAGAUCACUUUUUAUUUUCCGGCAUCCUUGCCUGUGAUCGCCUGUCUCUGCGCCAGCGGCCUCUAUCUGGGCUAGUCCAGAGACCGAUCCUUCCGCCCUUCGCGUUCAGGGUCGACAUGUCUUCCUCCCAAGAUGCCAUCCCGGAGACUCCGCGAGUCAUUUCUCCUUCGCCUGCGCCCUCAGAAACUCGGUCAACCUCCCGAGACGGAUAUGCCGGUCCGACAACCCGCUCCGCAGCACGGCGACAGCGCUUAGGGGAGGUCGUGGAGGAGGAUAACGAUGACUCGGAUCCAGAGCUGAAUCGUUCGCGAACCCCCAGUCGCAAACCGAAGAAUGCGACGGGAUCGGCCCGUCAGCGCAAGAGGAAGUCAAAUCCAAUGAUGCCGGCAGACAACCCGGACCAAAAGACGAAUGGACAAGGAAAGACCAACGGUUAUCUGUCACCAAUCGCUACCAAGGUCGACGGUGUCUUGCACGAAAUCUCUCGAUCACCUUCGCCCCUGGGUCUGAUCCCACUUCAUGCGCGGUACCGCAGUUUCAUCCAUCGCCAUGAGAUUCCACGGAAGCUCCUUCACGUGUCGAUCGGUUUCCUGACUCUCCACCUAUACAGUCGCGGGAUACAAACCCUGCAGAUCACCCCAUGGUUGUUCUCCGCACUCGUGCCGAUCGCCGCAACCGAUCUGAUCCGCCAUCGCUCGGAAACAGUCAACAAGCUCUACAUCCGCUGCGUCGGAGCCCUGAUGCGCGAAACUGAAGUUUCGGGAUACAACGGUGUGAUCUGGUACCUGCUGGGCGCCUACACCGUCCUGCGCUUUUUCCCCAAGGACGUCGGCGUCAUGGGCGUCCUUCUGCUCAGUUGGUGCGACACUGCCGCCUCCACAUUCGGUCGUCUUUAUGGCCGCUACACCUUCUCCCUGCGCAAGGGAAAGAGCUUCGCCGGUACCCUGAGUGCCUGGUUAGUCGGCGUCAUCACUGCCGCUGCCUUCUGGGGCUACUUCGUGCCCCAUGUUGGCCCGUUCCCCAACGACCCCGAAGACGCCUUCAUGUUCACCGGUCGUCUGAACCUCAUCCCAGACUCGAUCAAGGGUCUUAUCGGCUGGACAGCCGACACUUCUCAAGCCGUCAUCACGGGUCCCUUGGCCUUGGGCGUCAUGAGCGUCGUCUCCGGCCUUGUUGCUGCCGGAAGCGAGUUCGUGGACCUGUUCGGCUGGGAUGACAACUUCACCAUCCCCAUUUUGAGUGGAGUUGGACUCUGGGGUUUCCUGAAGGUUUUUGGCUAAGAGUGGAUAGAACAAUACUUUCUUUUCGUUUUCCUCCCCC